AUCUGCUAGGAUGAGAUGUUGUCCACCAUCUACAAGAUCUGGGAGAUGACACAGGGGCUGUGCCUGGAGGUGGAGGGGAGGAUGGUCAGGAGGACAGAGGGCAACACUGAUGACCUGUUCAUUGGUGGAAACACCUCCACAGGAGGCCCCGAGGGUGAGGGUACAGAAAACCGAGUCACCGCUGGUCCUGAACCAUCACUUACGGAAACCAGCUGCACCAAAGAAGCCUACAAGAAGCACGUGAAAGAUUACAUCAAAUCAGUCAAAGGCAUACUUGAAGAACAGCAGCCAGAAAGAGUGAAACCUUUUAUGACAGGGGCUACAGAACACAUCAAGCACAUUCUUGCUAACUGCAAAAACUACCAGUUCUUUUCUGAUGAAAACAUGGACCGAGAGGGCAUGCUUGCUCUGUGGGACUAUUCUGAGGAUGGCGGGAACCCACACAGGAUUUUCUUUAAGGAUGGUGUGGAAAUGGAAAAAUGUUAA